AUGACAGUCUCACUUGCAAUUGGUUUUGCACUACUCGCCGCCGUUCAGGCAUGGGAUGAAGGAGCACCCUACUACCCAGCUCCGCACUACUUUGACCAGCAGCCCUAUGAGUACCCAUGUCCACCAUCUGGUCCCGAAAGUAUCGUUUGUGCCGGAGCCCCAGGUGCCCAGCCAUCCACAUUUCCCAGUCCCUGCGAAGUUCGACGAUUCAGAGCCCUCACGGGAAUAGACUGGGAGAUCAUCCAUGAGAACAGGUGCGAAACUCUGGAGGUCUGUCCGGACAACUGCCAGGAUCAGUACAGUCCCGUUUGCGGAAAAUACAAGGACACCAGGCGAAACUACAGGAGCGAGUGCGAACUGCAGCUGGUGAAGUGCCGCACGGGACAUCCUUGGAGAAAACAUCACGAUGGUCCCUGUGAAAGUAGGUAUCCAGUCGACCAGUCGCCGCGCCUUCAAAGCUACAAUCCCUAUGCGAUCAGGCCAUCCCAGUCGAACUAUGGAUCUUCUGGAUCAUAUGGCUCUCAAGGACCAUAUGUACCUCAAGGACCUUAUGGCUCUCAAGGACCUUAUGGCUCUCAAGGAUCUCACGGACCUUAUGGACCAUACGGUCCCUAUGGGUCGCAAUCUCAACCUCAGGGCUAUCCACACACGUCAUUUGCUUCGCCAAAGCCAGCUUAUGAGGCGCCAGUCUAUAACCCUUAUAAGAUUACGUGGGAGAACCUGCCCACCGAGUACACCGUUACCUCCAGACCAUAUCCAACUCCAAGCUACGAUUCCUCGCCGGUUACUGCCACCACCACAAUCACCACAACUACCGGACCAGGGACAGAAGACACAACAACCACUGCAAUUACCACCACACCACAACCAGGGCCAGAAGACACAACAGAAGCGUCAACUCAAAACCCUAGACAGAAUAUAAAGGUGAAUGCAGUGGUGGAAGGACCAGCAAAUACAACUACCCAGGAGUCCCUCACAACGGCUUCUCCCGAAAAAGCCACAACCACUGUGAAGCCUCUUGUAGCGAACAAGAUUUCGAAAUACUCCACGGAAGCCAGUUCAACGGAAUCCAGUGUCACGGCUACAACAUUGAAAAAAUUCAUAACGACUGCUUCUCCAGAGCAUGCAACGACCACAGCGAGAAUGGCAGGUCCUCCUAUUUCGAUAAACGCCGUAAGGGAAGCGGAGAAGACCACUGAGCAGGACACAAGCACUGAACCAAGUACUCCACAAACCCAACCGACUUAUGCUCCUGGGGUUGAAGGGACUACCAAGGCGUCUUUAGACAAAGUCUUCAAAGUAAAUGCAGUGCAGGAGAGUACUGAAGAAACCACUGAGAGAAAAACUAGCACUCCCAAGGCCGUACCAACCUACCCAACUUAUUCAUCCCCAAGUGUCUAUAAGGAAACUCCAGUCUACAGCUCUACUGAGACUCCAAUCACUGAAAAAGAAGAUGAAGAGACAACUGAGAUAUCAUUAGACAAAUUGUUCAAAAUUAAUGCAGUGCAGGAGAUUACCCAAAAUACAUCUGAAGUGACAACUGUCAACGAAACUAGCACAGAAUCGAGUACCACCAAAGCUCAACCGACCUACACAUCGUAUCCCGCAUAUCCAUCACCAAGCGCUUCUAAAACUUAUUCAGUGUAUAGCUCUACAGAAGCUCCUAAGGCUGAAGAAACUACUAAGUUGGCCUUAGACAAAGUCUUCAAAAUAAAUGCUGUGCAGGAAAGAACUGAAAAGACUGUGGAAGAGACCACUGAAAAGAAAUCUACCUACAUAACAUAUCCAACUUACUCAUCCCCAAGUGUGUAUAAAGAAUCUUCUGUUUCUCCAAUCACCGAAGAGGAGAACGAAGAGACAUCUGAGAUAUCGUUAGUUAAGGUCUUUAAAAUAAAUGCAGUGCAGGAGAGUACAGAGAAGGUAUUUGAAGAGACCACAGAAUCAAGUACACCUAAAGCCCAGGCUAUUUACCCAACAUAUCCAGUCUACACAACUGCUGAAGCUUUUGAGGACGGAGAAACCACCAAGGCGUCUUUAGACAAAGUCUUCAAAGUAAAUGCGGUGCAGGAGAGUACUGAGAAGAUAGCUAGCACAGAAUCAAGCACACUUAAAGCCCAACCUACCUACAUAACGUAUCCAGCUUAUUCAUCAAGUGUCUAUAAAGAAUCGUCUGACUAUGGAUCUCCAGAGACUGAAGCAGAGGACGAUGAGACAACUGAGAUAUCUUUAGACAAGGUCUUCAAAAUAAAUGCAGUGCAGAAGAGUACUACGAUUACAGCUGAAGAGACCACUGAGAAGAAAUCAAGUCCGGAGUCUAGCACUCCUAACGCCGUUCCUACCUACCCAUCAUAUCCAACUUAUAAGACUUCUGGAUCUUCUGGAACUACACUGGAUGAAGAUAGUGGGGCAACUACUAAGAGUUCUUUGGAUAGAGCCAUAAAGGUUAAUGCGAUCUCGGAAACGGUUACCGAAUCAUCUACGGAACUCAGCCAAAACUCCACAACGACUGCUUCUCCGAGCAUAGUAUCUGGUACUCUAACAGCAAUCACACAGGGACUAAGAUUUAGUGCGGUCAAUAGUUCAAAAACUGAAUCAGCAGAUAUUCCCAAAGUUGUGAAGACAGAGAGUGUCGGUCUGAAUGGUACGGUAGUGAAUUUAGAGCUGACCGGCAAACAGGGAACCAAGAAGUUGAAUCUACACACAAAUAGCUCCGACAAAUCAAGCAAUGUGUUUUUUAUAUUUUUGAUAGUUUUAAUUGAAUAA